CUCUCACAAACCUGAUUUGUCGCCGCCGCCGUCGCCGAAAAAUCCAACAUCAUAUUCCAUUCCACCUGAAUUCGCCUCGCGCAAGGCUAGCUACCAUGCCUUGAGCGUGGCGCUGGCUUUCGCUCUAUCGCUCUGUCGUGCAGAAUGCUCAUUUCGAUCCGCGGCUUCCCCGGACGAGAUGCGCCCGCGGCGAGCUUCGUCCGGCUUGCGCGCCACCGCGCCGCUCGCCGGGCAUGUGCAUGGCCGCGGCGACGGCUAGGCCCAGGCCCGCCGCGCCGGUGGGAGUCGACGGCUGCCGUAGCAGGCAAAAACCUCUCCGUCCCCUGCGAGGCCCGCUUCAACGAGGUCGGCGUGCAGCAGCUGAGCACGCGCAUCUACGAGCAGCUGUUCCCCCGCGGCAACACCUCCCCGCCCUCCCCCGAACUGAUCGAGCUUGCGCGCGAUCACCUGCGCCGUCACGACCUCCUCGGCAAGAACACCGAUACUACCCCACCCAUCGCCUUCGACCUGCCACCCCUGGCGGGCGAGUCGCUCGAUGAGCACUUCUACAAGCUGGGUGUCGACGCGGCCGAGCCCUUCCUCACGCAUGCGAAACAGCUGGCCAAGUCGACUCUGCCGCCGAAGCCGAGGUCGUGGCUGCGCCGGAGCGGAUGGACAAAGUACUACCCGGACGGCCGCACGGAGCAGGUGGAUGCUCCAGAGGGGAACAUGCUCGCCUUCGACACCGAGGUCAUGUGGAAGGAGAGCCCGUUCGCCGUCAUGGCCUGCGCCGCCACCCCGGAGGCUUGGUAUGCAUGGCUGUCGCCCUGGUUGCUGGGAGAGACGGAGAAUGACCGUCAGCUGGUACCGCUCGGUGAUGCGACGAAGGAACGAGUCAUUGUGGGCCACAAUGUCGGCUUCGACCGGGCCAGGAUAUUGGAGGAGUACGCCCUCCAGCAGACUCGGAAUUCCUUCCUCGACACAAUGUCGCUGCAUGUCGCCGUCAAUGGCAUGUGCUCGCAGCAGCGGCCCACCUGGAUGAAGCACAAGAAGAACCGGGAGCUGCGCGACAAGAUCGCCAAGGAGUCGAGCAACAUCGAGUUGGUCGAGCUGCUCAACAACGGCGCAUUUACGGCAGAAGAGGAAGAGCUAUGGGUGGAGCGGAGUUCGAUUAACUCCCUCCGGGACGUUGCCAAGUUCCACCUCAAUAUCUCGAUCGACAAGGAGCUUCGGAACUCCUUUGGCGAGUUGAGCCGUGAAGGCGUCGUGGAAAAGCUGGACGAGCUACUGACGUACUGCGCGGCUGAUGUCGCCAUCACCCACCGUGUCUACCAGAUCGUGUUCCCUAACUUUCUCCGUGUUUGCCCCCAUCCUGUCAGCUUCGCCGCGCUGCGCCACCUCUCAUCUGUGAUCUUGCCCGUCGACAAGUCGUGGGACUCGUACCUUGCCAACGCGGAAGCCACCUACCACAAGCUCUCCGAUGCCGUGCAGGACCGCCUCAUUGCGCUGACCGAAAAGGCCCUGGAGAUCAAGGACGACCGCGAGAAGUGGGCCAACGACCCUUGGAUGAGCCAGCUGGACUGGUCCGGCCAGGAGAUUAAGAUGGUCAAGGGCAAGAAGAAGGGCGACCCGCCCCGGCCCGCGGCAAGACAGAAGAAACCGGGGAUGCCCCAGUGGUACAAGGAUCUGUUCGCCAAGAACGACUCCCCCAUCAACAUCAGCGUCCGCACGAGGAUAGCGCCGCUGCUUCUCCGCUUGGCCUGGGACGGUCAUCCACUUUUCUGGUCCGACAAGCACGGGUGGACCUUCAGGGUGCCGCGGGACCAGGCGGCGAAGUACGUGGAACGCCAGAUGCUGCCCUGCGACUUCACGGACGAGCCAAUUGCGGCGCUGAGGGAAGACGCAGACCAUCUCUACUUCAAGCUGCCGCACAAGGACGGGCCCACCGCCCGAUGUGUCACCCCGAUGGCCAAGGGGUACCUCUCGUAUUUUGAGAAGGGGACGCUCUCGUCCGAAUAUCCGUACGCCAAGGAGGCUCUCGAGAUGAAUGCAUCGUGCUCGUACUGGAUCAGCGCCCGCGACAGGAUCAUGUCACAGCUGGUGGUCUACGAAGAUGACCUACCGUCAUCCGCCACCAAGGCGCCGUCAUUGUCGACCGGGGAGUCAGUGGCCGAGGAGCCGCCGGUUGGCGGUUUCAUCUUGCCCCAGGUGAUUCCCAUGGGCACAAUCACGCGCCGCGCGGUCGAGAACACUUGGCUCACGGCAUCGAACGCGAAGAAGAACCGCGUCGGGUCGGAGCUCAAGGCCAUGGUCCGCGCGCCGCCGGGCCACGUCUUUGUCGGCGCCGACGUCGACUCGGAGGAGCUCUGGAUCGCGUCGGUGGUGGGUGACGCCACCUUCAGGAUCCACGGCGGCAACGCCAUCGGCUUCAUGACGCUCGAGGGCACCAAAGCGGCCGGGACCGACCUCCACAGCCGGACGGCGUCCAUCCUCGGAAUCACCAGGAACGACGCCAAGGUGUUCAAUUACGGCCGCAUCUACGGCGCCGGGCUCAAGUUCGCGGCCCAGCUGCUGCGGCAAUUCAACCCCAGUCUCAGCGAGAAAGAGACACUUACCAUAGCCAGCAAGCUCUACGCGACGACCAAGGGCACCAAGACCAACCGGAAAUCGCUCUACAAGCGCCCCUUCUGGCGGGGAGGCACCGAGUCUUUCGUCUUCAACAAGCUGGAAGAGUUCGCGGAGCAAGAGCGCCCGCGGACCCCGGUGCUCGGCGCGGGGAUCACGGAAGCGCUCAUGGGCCGCUUCAUCAGCAAGGGCGGCUACCUCACCUCGCGCAUCAACUGGGCGAUCCAGUCCAGCGGCGUCGACUAUCUGCACCUGCUGAUCGUCGCCAUGGACUACCUGGCGCGGCGCUAUAACAUCGCGGCGCGCCUGGCGCUCACCGUGCACGACGAGAUCCGCUACCUGGUGCAGGAACACGACAAGUACCGCGCCGCCAUGGCGCUGCAGGUCGCCAACCUCUGGACGCGCGCCAUGUUCGCGCAGCAGGUGGGCAUCCACGACCUGCCGCAGAGCUGCGCCUUCUUCUCCGCCGUCGACAUCGACCGCGUGCUGCGCAAGGAGGUCGACAUGGACUGCGUCACCCCCAGCAACCCGACGCCGAUCCCGCCCGGCGAGAGCAUCGACAUCGCCGCCCUGCUCGCCAAGGGCGACGCCGCCCGCCUCGACGAGUCCAUCACCCCGGACCCGCGCUUCGCCCCGGACCUGUCCCGGAUCGCCUACACCCCGCGCAAGCCCGUCAUGCAAGAACUGCGCGAGGCGGAAGCCGCCGACCCGGCCGCCGAGCUGCGCCUCAUCCGCGCGCAGAUCUGCAACGACGAGGCCGAGUUCCGCGACAUCCUCAAGGAAACCCGCAAACCCCCCGCCGCCCCGCUUUCCUCCUCCUCCUCCUCCUCUCCAGCCGCAACGAAGAAACAGCCCGCCAAGCCAGCAGCACCCAAAUCCUCCCCCACCGCCACCGCGGCGGCGAAAAAGAAGCCGCCCGUCCUGCCGUACUACGCCUCGCCCCGCCUGAUGCCCGUCCAGCGCGAGCCGAUGUCGGUCGCCGAGGCCCUCGGCGCCGGCCGCUUCGCCCGCGCCCACGCCGGCGGCGGCGGCGGCGGCGGGUUCGACAAGGCCCGGUGGGACUGGCGCUCUGGGUCGUCGGCGCGCGUGCCUGGCUCUGCGGCCGCGGCGGCGGCGGGGAAGGGCACGCGGCUUUAGUGUAGAGAUGGAUGGAUGCUUGGCUGGUUUGGUUGGGCUUGGCUUGGCUCCGGUGCUCAUUGCCCUUUUCUCUUAUUCUUGUUU